AUGGUCAAUCAGUUUUCAACAAAACCACGAAGGAGUUCUGAGGCAACCGAACAGCCCGAAACCGAGAACAUUCAUGAAUUUAACGUAUCACUUGAUCGAACUCUAUAUGGCAAUGGCUUCGAAGCAGCGCACACAGAAGUGGAGUGCCAUGCUAAUGAAUCUACCGACAAAGGGAGAUUAUAUAAUUACAUUGCAAACAUCUCAAGGCUUGGCAAUGCUGAAAGCCAAGGAGAACCACAGUUGACGACUAAAUCACCAAUGACAUCCCACAAAUUUAUAAUUGAUUUGGAUACGCACGAGGCUGUGAUCGGUCAUGAAUUUGUGGCUGAUGAGAAACCGACGAGCAGCGCUAGAUCUCCUUGCAGUAAUCAUGCUCCACCUGCCAGCGCUGGUAAAAACUCUAAACGCAAAAAUAGGAUCGAUCCUAAGGUGCUUCGGUUGAGUAUUAUAUCUUUCCCAGAAAUGUACAUCAGCGAGCAGCAAAGUAUUGCAGGAGUGUUUAGAAACCCAAAAUACUACAAAACAUAG